CUCGUCUCUCGCCGCGUUGCGUCGCGUGUCGCAUGCCGGAUUUUUAAAUAAGCAUUCGGGAUUGCGCGAGAUAUCGUCGCACGUCUCUCUCGCCGCCGCGUGCUCCAGGCUUCAGGAGCAGUUAGGGUGUCCGAGCGCCCCUCCGGUGAUCGAUAACUUCGUCGUCGCCCCGGCUGGCAUUUGUUCCCGGAGCUGCGCGAGGAGAACGCGAGGGGAUGGACUUCGAGGUGCCGGACGCGAGGUGGACGGACUCGGGAUAGCGCGAUCGCGAUACAUUCCUUUCCUAUCCUCACGUCCCCGACGUGAUGAUCAACGUGUCAUCACCGCGGGAGACACGCGGGCGGUUGCAACCCGGACUUUUGCGACACGUAGUUGCACGUAGUGCUCGAUGAGUCACUCGGUAUAGACGCGUCGAGUUACGUUGUAGCGAGCGAGCCUGAGCGACAACAAUUCGGUGCCGAGCGAGCGAAUUGGAGGUUGGAGGUCGCGCGCGCGAUGGGAUUGCUCGACGAUGAGAGUAGAUUCGCGGCCUAGUGAUCCCGAGAAAGUAUGGCUGCGGCGCAGGGCACACCGGAGUCGGACACCGGGAGCUUCGAGUGUUUCAGAAACUACACGGCGCCGGAGGUGUUCGUGCAGGGCCUGGCAGGCAUCGUCGACCAGCAGGACGUGGAGUCUAUGAUACGUGCGCAGAAACAGAUGUUACAGAGGUUUGAAAAGACCAACGAGAUGUUAACAAACUGCAAUCAGUUAUCGGUGAACAGGCUCAAGACAGCUGGUACAGAGUUCAAGAAGCACACCGCUCUCCUAGUCGAGAUGAAGAGGGACCUGGAUUACAUUUUUAAGAAAAUUCGCUUGAUAAAGAAUAAAUUGAACCAGCAGUAUCCGCAGGCGUUCAAUGAGGCGGUAAGGAGCAGCCUGGCGGAAGAGGUUAUCGUGGAGGACGUCGAUUGCCCGGUGAAACCCCUCGAGCCGGAAGUCGUGCCGCUGCCGUCUACCCCGGCUCACGGCGCUGCCGAUCAAGAUCCCGAUUCAGAUGUGCCUGUCGAGGAGUUUCAGUUCGCGAAGCUGCGCAAACGACGAAUAAAGAGUAACGACAGCUCGUCGACGGAGAGCAACAACGAUCAGAGUAACGCCGACACGUCGUCCUGCACGUCCGACACCGGCUGAAAGAAAGUCGGGCAAUAAUGAGAGAAAGAGGGAGAGAAUGAGAAACGCUUGUCAUAAUUGUCUCAAAAAUCGGACUCAUGCACCGGCCACUUCGAAUGUUCGCUCGGGAGCGUACGAGCUAAUCAAUCGGCCAAAUCGAUCGAUCAAUCAAUCAAUAAGGCAAUAAGGGAAGUCGGGAGGCGCGGAAUCUCGAGGCCGAGGUGGCGUCGACGGGGCCGCCAAAUGCCGCGCACAGCAUAUCUCGAUGUCGUUGUGCGAGCGCUGCGAACUUGUGAGUACUGUCAAUGUUGAGAAAAAUAAAUUCUUUGUACAUGGUAGA